AUGAAACUUGAAUCUACUGUCUACAGGAUUUAUGUUGAUGAUGUACAUCUCUGCUAUGAAAUAGAUAAUGUUUCUUAUAUACUGACCAGCAACCCUUCCACAAUGUGUGUUUUGUUCUAUGUUUUCUGCAGCUUAUUAUCAGUUGUCACAAUAUGUGGAAACCUUCUUGUAAUAAUCUCCAUCAUUUACUUCAAACAGCUCCACACAUCGACUAACUACCUCAUCCUCUCUCUGGCUGUGGUGGACAUGCUUGUCGGUGCUUUAGUCUUUCCUCUCAGCAUGACAAUAUCCUUUAGCUUGUGUUUGUACAGUGGAGGUUUAUUUUGUAGGCUACGAGAUGGCUUUGAGAUAUCACUGACCGCAGCUUCCAUUCUGCAUUUAUGUUGUAUUUCUAUUGACAGAUAUCAUGCAGUGUGUCAGCCUCUGACAUACAGAACUAAGAUAAAUGAUCGUGUUGUCAUGAUUAUGAUUUUGGGGGUCUGGGGUGCUUCUGUCAUUACUGCAGUUGUCUUUGUAAUGUUAGGAUCAAAUCAACAUAUAUGCAAAGAAAAAUGUUUAAUUGAUGUCACACUAGCAAUCAUCAAUGGCACACUGGGAAUUAUUGUAACAUUUUACCUACCACUAAUCGUAAUGUUGUUUAUCUACUUAAAGAUUUUCCUUGUUGCACAGAGACAGGCACGCAGCAUCCAGGCCACAAAGUCUGGAACUGAUGUCAGGAAGAUGGAGAGAAAGGCCACAAGAACUCUGGCAAUUGUUAUGGGAGUUUUUACAAUCUGUUGGACUCCUUUCUUUACUUACUUGAUAUUUCAUUAUUUUGGUUAUGAUUCAUUUUCUGUUCCUGUGACUGAAGCAAUUAUGUGGCUCGCAUUGUCAAAUUCAAUGCUAAAUCCUUUCAUUUACGGUUUCUUUUACAGCUGGUUCCGAUUGGCAUUCAAAAUAAUCAUUUCUGGAAAAAUAUUGCAAGGAGAUUUUGCCAACUCAAAACUGCAUUAA